AUUCUGAGAUCGAUUACAUUAUACUGAAACAGGGCCCGGCCCCUAACGAAACAGAUCCACAAAACUCGUGAAGUGAGAUUUUCUUAUUUUACCAUUGAUAAAGCAUAUUCUUUAUCAAUUCGAACACAAUGGCAGACGACGAAUUGGAGGCUAUCAGGCGGCAACGCAUGGCCGAACUGCAGUCAAAACAUGGGAGUCUGUCUUGGAACCAAAUGACUCCGGGGGACUCUUCAAAUGACCAGCAAGGGCAGCAGGAGGCCAAACAGAGGGAAACAGAGAUGAGGAACUCCAUGCUUGCUCAGGUUCUAGACCAGUCCGCCCGCGCCAGAUUGAGUAACUUGGCUCUGGUGAAGCCAGAGAAGGCCAAAGCAGUGGAGAAUUACCUCAUACAGAUGGCCCGCAUGGGCCAGCUGGGAGGAAAGAUUUCAGAGACUGGUUUGAUCGACAUCUUAGAAAAAGUUAGUCAGCAAACAGAAAAAAAGACAACUGUCAAGUUCAACCGACGAAAGGUGAUGGACUCAGAUGAUGAGGAGGAUGAUUGAUGUGUUGAAAGGAGCCCAGGAGCCAGUUAGACGGCUGGCUUAGUGCGGGAUUCAGGACAUAGGUUAGAACAGGGCUCUGUUUGUUGGCGGUCAUCUUUGACUUGCCAAAGGCCCUGCAUUAGUGAUGCACCCUGGGAUACCACAUCAGCCCCUGUGUGCAUCUGGAACUCGUUACUAUAUUCUCUCUUAUAUUAAUUUUCACCACGUUUUAUUUUUUUCUCCACCACAAGAAGCAGAACAAAAUGCAACUUAGGGUAUAUUCCUGCUGUUGCAUUUUUCAAGACUGCUUUGUGAAUACUGUCUGUGUGUUGCUACUCAGCAAUAGUGAAACCAUCAAACUGGACAGAGCACAUGGGUAUAGUCAUUGUUUUUUAAUUCAUUUUUGCUGACCUGUAUCUUCAACAGUUUUACAUUUAAAAAAUAAAAAAGCCUUACAUUUGAA